AUGGAUUUCUGGACGCAGAUGCAGCGGCGACGUAUUAGGCACCACUUGCGCUUUAUCGACCGCUAUAUCGUGUUCGCGGUGUUGGGCGUCGUGGCAUACAUCCUCGUAAUCAGUCUGAUCGCCGAGAGCCUGGCCAUUGGCGUGAGAGAACGCGCCAAGGCGAAGGUGUCAGCAGCGGAGGCGAAGCAUGCGACUGGGUCGAUCCCGAAAGAGGUCUUCUGGCCGCACCGCUGGCCGGCCGCCCCAAUCCCUGAGGUGCACAUCAUACAGGAAGCUAUGGAGUACGUCACCGCGUCACUCACGAAGGUGAUGCCCUUCACAAAACACUUACCGGAGGCACAGCUUGCUGCGUGGGAUCUCGUGUUGCUUACCGGAGCCAGCACUGACUGGGCCCCAAAGGCAAAGGAACUGAAGGCGGCGGCUGAAGCGACGCUGAGCGCAGCGGCAUCCGCUGCGUCCUCAGAGGCGCUUGCUGCCGUGCGCGAGGCACUCGAGAGUGCGGCGGUGGUGUGGUCGAUGAAGGGUGAGGCCGGUGAGGCGGAUGAGGUGCGGGAAUUGUUGAAGGAUAUGUCCGAAACACCUACGCCAGCAGUGACUCCAGCUGCCUCCUCGUGGUCAGCAUUUAGCCGUGAGGUGUGGAGCCGCGCCACAGCCGGGGGUGCCUCAUCCCCCACUGAAAGCAUCACGGCGGCAUACGACACCUUGCGUAAGGCCAGUGAGUCGUACUGGCGUCCUGGCGAGCAGGUGGCAGCGGUGCCGCCGCUGCAUGACUCGCACCUUCUCCCCUUGCGGUCCGGCACCUACGACGCAGUAAUUCCUUUUACGCGUCUCUUGCUGCAGUUGUGGGUGCUGGGUGGACGGCGGGACUCGGACAAGCAGCUUGUGGAGGCAUACGAUGCUGCUGUGAUGUCGAUUGUGCAGGACCUCUUCUACACGCGCACCGUCACCGCGGGGGCGCAGGCAAUGAACUUCACGUUUGUAGGCUCUCGUGCAGAGGCCUUGGUGCCCGUAGCCACACCACGCAUGUGCGCGCUGGCCGGAGUGUUGGCCCAAGGCAUCCGCUACGGCGCUCAUCGCUACCCGGAACGCCCAUCCUCUGCGCGGUACAGUGAAGACAAUGUGCUGCAGGCUGCUGAAGCGCUGGCCACCUCGUGCUUCCAGCUGUACGCCGACCCAGCUGGCCGCAAGCUGCGUAGCGCCGUCUACGUCACCGACUCUGGCCCCGUGCCAGGCUACACACGCGCCGACAACAGCGACGGUAGUGCGUCCCUGCGGACCUCCUACUGCGACGUUCCCGCUGUGCUCCUGGAGUCCUUCUACGAGUUGUACCAGACAACGCAUGAUGCCAUGUACGGUCUGUGGUCGCUACUCGUGAUGCGGCAGGACACUUCUGACCACUGCGGGUUGCGCAAGACGGACAUUACCUCUGCCAUGCCAUGGCGGCGCCACAUUCGCGAGCUGCGCACUCUUUGGCUUUUGUUCCAUCGCAUGGACUGUCUUGUGUACCGCGGCUCGCGAGGGUCGCGGGGGACGUGCGGGUUGGCCACUACCACCAUCGUCUCGCCCAUCACUGGGCACCUUGUGUCAGUGCCAAACACGCCAGCAGCGGUGUAG